GGUUUGAGAUGUCAGAACUCUUGAAAGGUUUACUUGCGAUGAUGGAGCAAAAGGAAUCUCUUCGUGUGCGUAUUCUCUAUGAGGAAGAAUUCGAAGAUGUUGUGAGAAAUUUAGCAGCAGUUCUGAGAGAGAGAAGUGGACUCAUGACCUUCAGAUACCAAAAGGCAUUACUGGAACUGGGUCAUUUGCUUGCACCUGCAUCAGGAAGACCGCUACUAAUACUCCUAUGUUCCUCUGAAGUUAUCUUGGAAAUUUUCAAAAAGGUUCAAGAAAAGGUAUUUGAUAGUCACUAUGUUUUGUGGCUGGUCAUACUGGAUAACGCAGCCAAUUUGGAACAAGUCAUUGUUGGUCUUAAAGGGAACAUUGAUGAAGGUACUCAAGUCAUCCUCUUAGCGAUGGAGAAGGAAAUGAGGGCCAAAAUCUUUCUCACUCGACCCGAUCCUAAAGAAAUUAUAAGUUUUCGCAGCUUAGGCACCUGGGAUAUUCUAAGUUCCCGAAGCAUGAGACUUUUACCUGCUAUGUUGCUGUCAGAUAUUCGUGAUCAAUAUGCAGACUUGAAAGGGCGUGAGGUGAUUGUUGGAGGCAAUGAUAAUUUACCCCUAAUGAUGAGGAAGAAGAUUAACCCAGAUGGCAGUGUUACACCUGCUUUUGGAAUGGACAUUGGUACUUUAGAUGCUCUCAGUCCUAUCCUGAAUUACACCUCCAAGAGAAGAUGUAGUAGAUCUGUCAUGGCCUUAUUACGAAGAUCAGCUGACCCUGAAUUCAAGAGCUCCUCAAAAACUGAACCAGACAUUGGCUGCCUUUACACCCUUUUCCUGGGAGGAGGGGCUACUCAAGGAAUCUAUAAACAGACAUGGGAUUUGUUCCAUCAUGAGGACCUAAGAGAAAGUCUAGUUCCAACUCCUUCAUUUGGAUUUGAUAAGGUAUUACAGCGCAAGUUUGUAUUCAUAGCUCCUGGAGCGGUCUCAGUUGCUGCCACGACGACACGUGGAAGGGAAAAAUUUCACCUUGGACGUGAAACAUUCUUCCCUUUGAGAUAUGGCAUUGCUUUCCAUACUGGGUCUCCACUUAAAGAUAAAUUUAGUCACCUGUGA